AUAAAUAAAAAGGAUUAAUCUUUUCAAAUCAGCAAUGGGCGUUUACGUUGGCCGUUUCUUUCUUCCCGAUAUACAUUUUCUAUUUUCUUCUGAACAAAUUUGCAUUUCUAUACAAAAGAAAAAAUAUAUUAAUAAAAUAGCGAUAAUCUUAUCUCUUAUAAAACUAGUCUUUGUUAAAGUAUUUUGCUGACCCAUUCAUGAUUUCAAAAGAAUUCUUAAUCUUCUUUUUGAGGCUCUCAGCUAGAGUCAAAUAGAGUAGUUCAAAUGUAUUAAAUUGUUACUUUACGCUAUUAUAUAUACAUCCGUGUUUACGCCUCUAUAAUUUUGGGAAGAAUUAUUUUUGCUCAAUCUAACCUCACUUUGCGCAGCUGUUUUUGGCGUCUUCAAAUUUUGGUUAUCCUUUUUUCCUCUUGCGGCUUAAAAUAAACUAGGCGUUGGUCGAAAACCGAUAAUAAUGAAAUUUGCUAGUCGUAUAUUAUAUAGCCGGGAGUUAAUUUGGCCUCCUACCUAAAAUAACAGAAUCUUAUAUUGGUAGUUACACUCAGAAUUUUUAUAUACAAUGUAUUUAUGUCGAUUCAGUCGGAAAAAGUAUCUUCUUCUGAUAUUGGUAGCAGCUCAAGUGGUGUUAAUUUUAUAUUUUUUUCUGUAUCGAACAGAAGCAAAAGAGGGAUUACAUAAAAUUUCAUUUUUAACUGGUGGUUACAUAUCAAAAAAUAAACGUGCAUCGAAAAUCCAGUUAGAUAACUAUAUAAACUUAGAAAGAGCUAGUUCAAGGGGCUAUUUUUUGGAUUUUAAUUCCAGUAUGUGUUUUACUGAAGGCACUGAUAUUAAAACAAUGAUAGUUGCGAAAGGAAUCAAUUGGAAGUGUAAUUGUUUGCCAGGAUGGCAUGGCCCAGAUUGUGGUCAACCAGAGGUUUUAUUUAGAGCAAUUCUUGCUAGUAAAAAAGGCUCAAAAAUGAAGGGACCUCUUCCAUUCCAAAGAAGACUAAUAUACAUAUUUAAAUUUGACAAAUCUAGCAGUACUUUAACAGAUAUGAGAAUUAAUUCUUUAGGAGAUAUCAUUGAUGUAUUUGUUUUGUAUAAAGAUGAUAGUGGGCCUCUUGAAGACGAUUUAAAGAAUGUUUUCAAGAAAUGGCAACACAAAAUUGUAUAUGUUGGCAACAAUACUCAGGAUAAUGUUUGGAAAAUUGCUGAAUCUCACAUCAAGAAUCUUCAAAAGAGUGAUUAUAUUAUUUUUAAUCUGUCAAAUGAGGUACCUGAUAGGGCGUCAUUGAUAUUUUUGAAAUUUUAUGAAAAUAUUCCUGAACCAAUACACUUUCGACUUAAGUGGUCUGUUUUUGGAUUUUUCUGGACCUACCCAAAGAAAACAAUUAUAUCUGGUGGUGCGUGCACUGUAGCAUAUUUAGGCGAUAUAUUGAGCAACGAUUUAUCGAUCCUUGUAAACAAUAAAACAUUAGGUGGAGGAAUAACAUUGGGUGACUUAAAUCAUACUGGGGGAUGGUUUUGUGAAUAUUGUGCAACACCGGAAGAUAUAAUGGAAUAUUUAACAAGCAACACUUCGCACAACCUUAUUAACUGGGAUAAAAUAGGCACCAAUAAAAUAACACAUAAAUAUAUUGAAAGUCUUAUAGAAAAUGGUUUGUACAUUGAUGGGAAAACAGAACUUGAAAGGGGCCACAGAUAUUCUGAUACAGAUUUUGCACCAUCUUACGUGCUUGAGAAUGAUUUCAAGUUUGACUUUUUAUUGAUUAAUUUUUAUUCGCAGAAUGAAUAUUAUGUUUAGUAUAACUAGUCAAUUAAAUUAUUAGUUUACAGACCUAUCAAAUAACUUAGUGAAGGAUCUGUUAUCUGUGAUAUUAUAAGUAAUUGUGAAAAUAAAAACAAA